CUUUGUCUCUGUAAAAUUAAUCAUUAACAAUAUCAUAAUAACAUUAGCAAUUCAUGAUCUAACGAGUUCAGUUGUUGUGAGAAUACUUUUUUAGAGUCAUAACCAUCUAAAGUCGAACAUCCGCACAAGAUGGAAAAGCUUGGGUUUGAGAACGACGACGGCUCCGCUCCGGCGGAACACAAGCAGGCCAAUCCCCAGGAGGAACGCAAACAGUACAUCCAGCAUUGCAUCCAGGCGCUGGAGCACGCCUGCCAAUGCCACGAUGCCCACUGCCCAUGGCCCAUGUGCCAGAAGAUGAAGCGCGUCAUCCGGCACACGAAAAAAUGCAGCCGCAAGGCCAACGGAGGAUGUAACAUCUGCAAGCAGUUGAUCGCGCUCUCUUGCUACCACGCCAAGCAUUGUCAGGAGCUGAAGUGCCCUGUGCCCUACUGUCCCAACAUCAAGCACAAGCUCAAGCAGCAGCAGCUCCAGCUCCAGCAGAAGUCAGUUCAUUUUCAUUGAUUCCAUUUUGGCUUGCUCCUGUUUGUUUCGCAUUAAUUUACAACAAGAAAAUAAAAAACAACAGCGCUGUUAUUAAGU